UUAAGCAGCAGCAAUGAGCAUGCGAAAACUAAUGAGCAUCGCAAUAUACGCGAAGUUCAUAGAGACAAUACGUCGAACACCUUCUGUCAUUGAAACCCAUCUCUGUUUUAAAUUCUUUUGCACACAAACAACUCAAAACCAAGAUAGCUUGUGUAAGAGAAUCGAAAAGCUUCCCAAAGGAGAAUCCAUAGCCUCCGCAUUUCGUAGUUGGAUGCGUGAUGGCUUCCCCGUUCGCGGCGCCGAUGUCUUUCAUACCAUUAACCGUCUCAGAAAGCUUAACUUCAACAAACGCGCACUUGAGGUGAUGGAAUGGGUGAUUAGGGAGAGACCCUAUAGACCUAGGGAACUAGAUUACUCUUAUCUAGUGGAAUUUACAACUAAGCUUCAUGGAAUUCCACACGGUGAAAAGCUCUUCACUCGUGUUCCUGUUGAAUUUCAGAAUGAGUUACUCUAUAACAACCUUGUGAUUGCUUGUUUAGAUAAAGGUGUCGUAAGGGUUUCACUUGAGUACAUGAAGAAAAUGAGGGAAUUGGGUCAUCCCAUUUCGCAUUUGGUCUUUAACCGCUUGAUAAUUGUGCAUUCCUCGGCGAGCCGCAGGAAGAUGAUACACGGGUUACUUGCUCAAAUGAAGGCUGAUAAGGUCACGCCACAUGUUUCCACAUACAAUAUUUUGAUGAAAAUAGAGGCCAAUGAACACAAUCUUGAAAAUUUGAUGAGGUUUUUUGAUCGAAUGAAACGGGUGCAUGUUGAACCGAAUGAAAUAUCUUACUGCAUUUUAGCUACUGCACAUGCAGUUGCUAGGUUAUACACUGCAACUGAAACGUAUGUUGAGGCUGUGGAGAAAUCUAUGACAGGGAAUAAUUGGUCAACAUUGGAUGUCUUGCUUAUAUUGUAUGGGUAUCUUGGGAGCCGGAAGGAGCUGGAAAGGAUUUGGAGUAUUAUUAAUGGACUUCCCUUUGUUAGAACUAAAAGUUAUUUGUUAGCAAUUGAAGCAUUUGGUAGGAUUGGUGAGUUAAACCGAGCAGAAGAGAUUUGGUCAGAAAUGGAAUCAGUAAAAGGAUUGAAAUCUGUAGAGCAAUUUAAUUCAAUGAUGACCGUGUAUUGCAAACAUGGAGUGCUUGACAAAGCAGCUAGGUUGUACAAAAAUAUGAAGACAAAGGAGUUUAAACCGAAUGCCAUAACGUACCGACAUCUUGUGCUGGGUUGCUUGAAAUCUGGUAAGGCAGACCAAGCUUUGAAGACACUCGACUUGGGCAUGCGUUUUCCGGUUAACAAGAAGGUUAGAAAUUCAACCCCAUGGUUGGAGACAACUCUUUCAAUUGCUGAGCUUUUUGCUGAAAAAGGGGAUGUUGAAAAUGUUGAGCGACUGUUUGAAGAAUUUCAUAAAGCUAAGUAUUGUAGGUAUACUUUUGUAUAUAAUACCUUGAUUAAGGCUUAUGUAAAAGCUAAGAUUUAUAAUCCAAAUCUUUUAAGAAGGAUGAUUCUUGGAGGAGCAAAUCCCGAUGCUGAAACUUACAGUCUUCUGAAAAUUGCUGAACAGUUUCGGACCUGAUAGUUUUUAUUCAUAGUUUUCAAUCGAGUUAAUGUUAUAUCAUUAUAUGUAUCCUUAUGUUGUCAUUCUAUUUUGUAAACGUGUAUCAAUUAUGGAACAAGAGUCACUGAGAUCAUCUUCCAUUGCUUAUAGAAGCUCCUUUUGUUUGCAUAUUGCAUCAACAACUGAUAAUAUAAAGAUACUACACGGGUAUAACAUGUUGAUUUUCAUUUACCUCUCCAAAUUCAGCUACAUUGCUCCAUAAUAGAUUGCCAGUUUCAGUCGUUAUGAAAGGUGAGGGUUCCUCGUCUUUGGAGAUAAAUGCUGGUGGCUUGGUUGGUGAGAGCUCUUUUUGAGAUCUUGGAACCAAAAAACAAUUGAAGAAGCAUUCAAUACACCCCAAGUUUGGGAGUACUUGCAUGAAAAGUGAAAAGAAAGAGCUGAAAGCUUUUAGCUUGGAACCUGGUCCAUGCACCAAGGACCAAGAGAUGAAAGGGAUUACAUAUUCAGGACCAGGAGAAGGAAGGGAUUACAUAUUCAGAUGGCAAGGUUUUGGCAAGAAGGAAAGGAACCUGCUAGUGUGAGCAGAAGUCUUUGAUGUCCUAUGAUAUAUUGCAGAUAACAGUGGAUAAAGGUUUAGAUACACUUUUUAACCCUAUAAUAUAAUACUCUUGGUUUAAUAACAAUAUCAUUCACAUCACUUAGCCUCCUGUGAUUGAGAAACAACUACAGACAAUGUGAAUUGUUUAUUUAUUUAUUUAAUUAUUAAAUAUGUCGGUAAAGUUUCCCCA